UUUAUGCAGUGAUUUCAUGGUUGUACGGAGCGUGGGGCGUGAUCACUUAUUUCGGUAACCUUUUUUUUUAUCAAAAAAUUUCCGAUCAACAAUGGCAUUAUCUUGAGAUGGAAAGUGAUAGAAGAAAUGAAACUUACCAAAUGUCAAAAGUCGAAAUUAUUCCACAAAUCCGAAUAUCAAACGAUUGGACUAAGGGUGCUGUAGCUACUCCAAAACCGGAAUAAAAACUAAACUUUUCAAGUCCACGAUGAAUGAUUUAACGAUGAUUUAACGUCAGCACUCUCCCAGAUAUUGGUGUACUCUAUGCAGAUGUAUCCAUAUUUUAUAUUUACAUGUACAACUUCUAAUCGAUCCAAGCAUGAGUUCAAGGUAUUGUGAGAUUUACACCGGGUGUUUUGUUGCGUGGAUAUACCUCCAAGCGUUGUGGGCAAUCCUGGCAAAUGUGUUCUGCGAAUUCAGCAUCCCAUGGGCAGUUUGGGGGGCACUGAUUUUUAUUAUCGGAUUACAAGCAGCUAGAGUUCCACCCCCAAAUGCGGAGAUUGUUCAGGAGGUCCUCGGUGUAAACCCCCUCAUGAUAGGCAAGGACCGAGAGCAGGCCGGGGACAAUAACCAGGAUUUAUACUGCAUGAAAGUUGUCGGGCACCGUGGAGCUGCUUACGAUUACCCAGAGAAUAGUCUCACAGCUAUCCGCAAUUGCCAGAGCCGAGGUUGCAAUGCAGUUGAGUUUGAUUUGGCGCUUACCAAAGAUGGUGUGCCAAUAAUAUUCCAUGAUACUACUGUUGAGAGACUUACAGGUGAGCCCGGAACUGUGAGAGAAAUGACUUGGUCCCAAUUACAAGAGUUGGAUAUAAGCCGCAAUCAUCCUUUAAGAGAAAAAUUCGUAGGGGGUGAGAAAAUCGCACUAUUUGAAGAUGUGCUGUCCGAAUGCAUCCGCAAUGACCAGCGGAUGUUUAUCGAUAUUAAAGAUAAGAGCAUGGAAAUAGUAGAAGUGAUUUUGGAUGCAUACAAAAAGCAUCCUAGUCUUUCAAAAAGAGCCAUUGUUACGAGUUUUAAUCCCGUGGUUAUAUACUUGAUCCGGAGACAAAAUCCGGAAAUAGUUUGUAGCAUUUCAUUCAGACCUAAAAUUUUCUCACGAACGUGCUAUCAAGGAUUGGAAGGACCAGGUCCAGCGCGGUACUCAAAUCCAUUGAAACACAUACUAGCUAUGGUUCUAGACUGUCUACACAGCUGGGCUUUGCCUCGAUUCACUUACCACGUACUUGGCUUGUCUGCGAUGUUGUUGCAUAAGGAUAUAAUAACACCGGAAGUUGUUAGAAAAUGGAAUGAACGAGGGGUACGAGUGAUUGCGUGGAGCGUUAACCUGCCCUCUGAAAAACUGCACUAUUCUAGACUACUCCGGGUUACGUACCUAACAGAUACUCUGACAGGAGAAAAAAGCGCGGAAUCAAAUUUGCCAUUUACCGCCAAUUGACUUGAAAUAUCAGGUAAAAUUUCAAAACUCUUCCAUAGGAACCUUUGUUGGGAGAUCUGGCCUUGAAUUUACUGGCAGCUACUGGCUCCAAAGAAAUGUUUUUUUCGAUAACACUGUCAUUUCUUGAAAAUAAACAUAGAUAUAGGUAUAUACUAAUUAUUUAUAAAUUUUCGAAACACUUACAUUUCAUCAAUCAGUAUUAUACAACUCCACAUUAUAUUCAUGUAUCUACAAAUGAUAGGUAUACCUACACAGUAUAAAUGUAUUAUAUAUUAUAUCGUUUUGGGUUAGUCCAUAUUAUUUAUAAUUAAAGCUUUUCCUAUACACUUGCAACAAUUCUACACCAUACGAGAGUGUUGGAACUGAAAAAAUUCGAUAAAAAGCAGCUUAUGGAUAAUUUAAUCGCAAAAAAUCUCUACCCGUUGUAUUGAGUUUCAUCAACACGUUCUUGAAACAGAAAAAUUACUAUUCAAAUAUAAAAAUUUUAAUUUUA